UUGAUAAAAGAGCCUGCACCUCCCUCCAGCACUACAGAGCCCAAACCUGACCCUCCCUCCAGCAGAGAACAUCCUGUACCUACACACACUCGCACACACACUCACACACUCUCUCGAAAACAUGGAGCUCCACAACGGACACCGAAUGGACUAUUUUGGCGAAAUGGAAUCGAAGAACCUGAAGCAGCAGCUGGAGGAGCGACUGGACAGCGGACUGGACUCCCUAGCGGAGGAGGAAUACCAGAGGAUCGUAGAGGACAUGGCCAGUCUGGUGUUGCCUUCCUGUGGAAACCAGAAGACUCUUGUGAGCGAGUUCCAGCCCUGGAAGCACGAAGUGACCGAGGAUGGAGACACGUACCUGCACCUCGCCAUCAUCCACGAGGCCCAACACGAAGCUCUGCAGAUCAUAAAGCAGUGCGAGAACGAUCCCUUCCUCAACAAGCACAACCAUCAGAGACAGACGGCGCUGCACCUGGCCGUCAUCACCGAGCAGUCCCUCAUGGUGGAGAAGCUGCUGAAGGCCGGCUGUGACCCGCGGCUAGUGGAUCAGUACGGCAACACGGCGCUUCAUAUCGCCUGCAGACGAGGGUCGCUGACCUGCUUCUCCGUGCUGACGCAAAUCAACACGCAGCACCUGCGCACCAUCCUGUCCACCCCCAACUACAGCGGACACACGUGUUUGCACAUAGCCGCGAUCCACGGCUACCUGUCGCUAGUCGAGAGCCUGGUGCAACUCGGAGCCAAUAUCAACGCCAAGGAGCAGUGCAGCGGGCGCACCUCCCUCCACCUGGCCGUGGACCUCCAGAACCCGGCGCUGGUGCAGCAGCUCAUUUCUCUGGGUGCCGACGUCCACAGCCUGACGUACGGCGGCCACGUGCCGUACCACCUGACCUUCGGCCGACACAACGGCGACAUCGAGCGGCAGCUGUACGAGCGCACGGCGGCCGAGCUGCGAGAGCUCCCCGAGUCCGAGAGCGAGAGCGAGGAGGAGCUCAUGUCCGAGGACGAGUGUAUGUACGACGACAUUCAGUUUAUGGGGAUUUAACGUGGAAACUGGACCACAUCUCCCAGAAACCAAAGCAAACGCAGCCUCAUGAUCAGGGAUCAUUAAAGAUCGACGUCAAGGGUGGAAACUCCUGGACGGACAGCGAGGACUCGGAGACGAGACGGAAUCCAGACACCAGACACUCACAAAAAAACAGCACCAGACUGGAAUCGGACUUUCUGUGUUUGAGGAGGUUACGGACGAACAAACGAACCUCCUGACAUGUCGAACCAAAGACUCUAACAGAGACGCUCAUAAAACGUGUAAAAUAUUGUAAAUAAUUUAUAAAAGCUCUAUUUUUAUACAGGGAAAUAAUAUUAUUAUUAUAAUGACACUAUUGUAAAUAAAACAUGCAUUUUGAUAAAUUAAAACCUGAACCUUCUCCAAA